AUGCAUGAGAAUAACUAUGUCAUUAUACAAAGUUCAACUCCUUUGUUGUCUCAUGAAUAUGAUACAAAGGAAGAUAUCAUUCAUGACGAUAUCAUUGAGCAACAACCGUACUCGAAGCGCUUCGCUCGAGAAAAUUUCUCGAAGGCGUUAAAAGAAAUCAAGCAGCUAUACAUGAUAGCCGUCCCCAUGAUUCUGACCGGACUCCUGAUGUAUGGCAAGUCAGCCAUCUCCAUGUUCUUCAUGGGGAAGAUGGGCAAGUCGGCGUUGGCGGGGGGAAGCCUUGCCAUCAGCAUCGCGAACAUCAGCGGCUACUCCGUCCUCUCGGGCCUUGCCUCCGGCAUGGAAGGCAUCUCCUCCCAAGCCUUUGGUGCCCGCCAGUGGCGCCUUAUGGGCCAAACCUUAAACCGCACUGUCCUCAUCCUUCUCUUGGCCUCCUUCCCUAUAUCCCUCAUUUGGCUUAAGUCCCACCUCUUCUUCCUGUAUUGGUGCAAAAACCCCGUCGUCGCCGCAACCGCUACCAUCUAUUUAACCUUCUCCAUCCCCUCUCUCAUCUUCCAAUCCUUCAUCAACCCCCUCAAAAUCUACCUAAGAACUCAGAAGAUUACCAAACCCCUUAUGAUCAGCGCAGUUAUAGCCCUAGCCGUUCAUGUCCCCAUCAACUACUACCUAGUUUACCACCAUAAUCUUGGUAUCCGUGCUAUCGCCAUGGCAGCCACCUUGACUGAUGUGAUCAUCCUCGUAGUCCUAGCCGCUUACCUCGCCUUCUCCGGUGUUUGCAAGAGGUCAUGGCCUGGUUGGUCCCUCGAGUGCUUUACUGAAUGGAAACCGAUUCUCUGCCAAUCCAUUCCCAGUUGCAUUUCUGUUUGUUUGGAAUGGUGGUGGUACGAGCUUAUGAUUAUUCUUUCCGGGCUUCUUUACAAUGCCGAGGAGGCUGUCGCUUGCAUGGGGAUUUUGAUACAGGCGACCUCUUUGAUUUACCAAUUCCCACAUUCGAUGAACCAAGCAGCGUCGACCCGGGUUGGGAACGAGCUCGGCGCAAACCAACCAAACAAGGCCAAAACAGCGUCGUUAGUGGCCUUAUGGUGUGGGAUGUUGACCGGUAUCGGAGCGAUGGCAUUCAUGGUGGGAAUGAAGGACUUGUGGGGGAGGAUCUUCACAGCGGACAAGGACAUCCUAGCGCUGGCAGCAGCAACGCUGCCAGUAGUGGGGCUUUGUGAGCUAGGGAACUGCCCCCAGACGACGACUUGCGGGGUUUUAAAAGGAUCAGCCAGGCCGACUCUGGCAGCAUUCAUAAACCUCAUCACAUUUUACGGUGUCGGGCUGCCGGUGGCAAUGCUGGUCGGGUUCAAGAUGGGCGAAGGGCUCGUUGGGCUGUGGUACGGGCUUUUUGCGGCGCAGAUAGUAUGCUUACUGGUGAUGAUUGUGGUGCUGAUCACGACUGAUUGGAAGAAGCAAGCAGAGAGAGCACAAGAGCUCACCGGUAGUACUAACAACGCGGAGAAUAAUAAUAUUAAUACUAAUGAGGAACAGAUUAGUAUUAGUACUAAUGAAAACGUUGAAGUCUUGGUAUGA